AUGGCAAAUAAAUAAAAAAAAAUGGAGUAAUAGAAUAACUCUUAAAAUAUUCUAGAAGAUUUAAUGAAAUCUAACUUGAAAGCUCUAACUCAUAUUAACUUACAGUUAAAAAAUUGCACUCUUAGUAAUGAAUAAGUUGCUUAACUUAACAAUACUUUAGUAUAAUGUUAAAAAUUAGAAUCUUUAGUAUUAAAUCUUAAUAAGGAGAAUAUUUCAGAAGAUUAGAUAAAUUAAUUAUUUACUGAAUAUUCCUACAUAAAGGAUUUUGUUGAAACUGGUAAUGAUGUGAGCAAUGAUUAAAUCUAUGCCCAAAUUUAGUUUUUCAAAAGUAUUUUUUACCAAAAAUCUGCUGAUUGUCAAGAACUUCUUAGAUUAAAUGAAAUUAAAGCUUAGGGAAGUAUUCUAUUAGAAGAAACUAUGAGCAAUCUAAUUAAUCUCAAGAGUUUAUAGCUAAAUUUAGAUGGAAAUCAAAUUGGAGAUGAAGGUGCACUUUGGAUUUGCACAGUAUUAGGUAGAUGCAAAACACUUACUAACUUAAAUCUGCAGCUUUGGAAAAAUAAAAUGGGUGACAGAGGGAUGUCGAGUAUUGCAGAGGGUAUUAGUAGUUGUGCUAAACUCACUACUUUAACUUUAAAUGCAGUUGCAAAUUUAAUUGGAAAAGAAGGUGCAUUUUCUAUAAGUACUACAUUAAGCAAUUGUAAAAUGUUGAAUCAUCUAGAUAUUGACCUCUCUGACAAUUAAAUUGGAGAAGAAGGAGCAUCAGCUAUUUGUAGAGUACUAGGUAGCUGUAAAUUACUUAAAAAUUUAAAAUUAGCACUAUGUAAUAAUUAAAUUGGGGAUGAAGGAGCAUAUUCUUUAGGAACAGCUUUAAGCAACUUACAGCUUCUUAUUAAUCUAAAAUUUUAUCUUAGAGAAAAUAAAAUCAGUGAUAGAGGAACAUUAAAUCUUGGAUUAGGUUUAAGUAAAUGUAAUCAACUUAAAAAUUUAGAUAUUAGAAUGGAAUUGAAUUAAAUUGGAAAUGACGGAGCUUCUGCUAUUGGUAGUGCAGUUGGUCACUGUAAAUUCCUUACUAAUCUCUAAUUUUGGAUUUAUGGAAAUUAAAUUGGAGAUAAUGGAGCAUAAAAUAUUGGACUAGGAUUAAGGAACUGCACUCAACUUACUAAUUUGAUAUUUGAUAUAAACUCAAAUUAAAUUGGGGAUGAUGGAGCUUCUACUAUUGGUGCAGCACUUGAUAACCUCAAACUCCUUACUAAUAUCAACCUUUCAAUUUGGAAAAAUAAAAUUGGAGAUAAAGGAACAUAAAAUAUUGGAUAAGGUUUGACUAACUGCACUCAACUUACUAAUUUAUAAUUAGUUAUAAGCGAAAAUUAAAUUGGAGAUGAUGGAGCUUCUACUAUUGGGACAGCACUAGGUAACUGCAAAUUCCUUACUAAUCUCAACUUUUAAAUUUGGGGCAAUAAAAUCGGAGAUAAAGGAGCAUAAAAUAUUGGAUUAGGUUUGAGUAACUGCACUCAACUUACAAAUUUACAAUUUGGGAUAGGCAAAAAUUAAAUUGGGGAUGAUGGAGCUUCUACUAUUGGUACAGCACUUGGUAACUGUAAAUCCCUUACUACUCUCGACUUUUUAAUUUAUGAUAAAGGAGCAUAAAAUAUUGGAUUAGGUUUGAGUAACUGCACUCAACUUACAAAUUUAGAAUUUAAUAUAAACCAAAAUUAAAUUGGAGAUGAUGGAGCUUCUAAUAUUGGUAUAGCGCUUGGUAACUGCAAACUCCUUACUAAUCUCAACUUUUCAAUUUGGGGCAAUAAAAUCGGUGAUAAAGGAGCAUAAAAUAUUGGAUUAGGUUUGAGUAACUGCACUCAACUUACAAAUUUACAAUUUUAUAUUAGCGAAAAUUAAAUUGGGGAUGAUGGAGCUUCUACUAUUGGUACAGCACUUGGUAACUGUAAAUUCCUUAAUAAUCUCGACUUUUCAAUUUAGAAAAAUAAAAUCAGUGAUAAAGGAGCAUUAAAUAUUGGAUUAGGUUUGAGUAAAUGCACUCAACUUAUAAAUUUAGAAUUUUGGAUAGGUGAAAAUUAAAUUGGGGAUGAUGGUACUUCUACUAUUGGUAGAGCGCUUUCCAACUUCAAAUGCCUUACUAAUCUCGACUUUUAAAUUUAGAAAAAUAAAAUCGGUGAUAAAGGAGCAUAAAAUAUUGGAUUAGGUUUGAGUAACUGCACUCAACUUACAAAUUUACAAUUUGUGAUAAGGGAUAAUUAAAUUGGAGAUGAGGGAGCUUCUACUAUUGGUACAGCACUUGGUAACUGCAAAUUCCUUACUAAUCUCAAAUUUUCAAUUUGGGGCAAUAAAAUCGCUGAUAAAGGAGCAUAAAAUAUUGGAUUAGGUUUGAGUAACUGCACUCAACUCACAAAUUUAAAAUUUUGGAUAAACUCAAAUUAAAUUGGGGAUGAUGGAGCUUCUACUAUUGGUACAGCACUUGGAAACUGUAAAUUCCUUACUAAUCUAGACUUUUCAAUUUCGGGCAAUAAAGUCGGAGAUAAAGGAGCAUAAAAUAUUGGAUUAGGUUUGAGUAACUGCACUGAACUCACAAAUUUAGAAUUUUGGAUAAACGAAAAUUAAGUUGGGGAUGAUGGAGCUUCUACUAUUGGGAUAGCACUUGGUAACUGUAAAUUCCUUACUAAUCUCGACUUUUAAAUUAUGAAAAAUAAAAUCGGUGAUAAAGGAGCUUAAAAUAUUGGAUUAAGUUUGAGUAGGUGCAUUCAACUUACACAUUUACAAUUUGUGAUUAGCGAAAAUUAAAUUGGGGAUGAUGGAGCUUCUACUAUUGGUACAGCACUUGGUAACUGCAAAUUCCUUACUAAUCUCAAAUUUUCAAUUUGGGGCAAUAAAAUCGGUGAUAAAGGAGCAUAAAAUAUUGGAUUAGGUUUGAGUAACUGCACUUAACUUACAAAUUUAGAAUUUUGGAUAAGCGAAAAUUAAAUUGGAGAUGAUGGAGCUUCUACUAUUGGGACAGCACUUGGAAACUUUAAAUUCCUUACUAAUCUCGACUUUUAAAUUAUGAAAAAUAAAAUAUGUGAUAAAGGAGCUUAAAAUAUAGGAAUAGGUUUGAGUAACUGCACUCUAAUUAAAAAUUUAGAAUUUUGGAUAAGCGAAAAUUAAAUUGGGGAUGAUGGGGCUUCUACUAUUGGGACAGCACUUGGUAACUGUAAAUUUCUUACUAAUCUCACAUUUUUAAUUUGGGGCAAUAAAAUUGGUGAUAAAGGAGCAUAAAAUAUUGGAUUAGGUUUGAGUAACUCCACUUAACUUACAAAUUUACAAUUUUUUAUAGAUGAAAAUUAAAUUGGGAAUGAUGGAGCUUCUGCUAUUGGUACAGCACUUGGUAACUGUAAAUUCCUAACUGAUCUCAAAUUUUCAAUUUAGGGCAAUAAAAUCGGUGAUAAAGGAGCAUAAAAUAUUGGAUUAGGUUUGAGUAACUGCACUCAACUUAAAAAUUUAGAAUUUUGGAUAAAUGAAAAUUAAAUUGGAGAUGAUGGAGCUUCUACUAUUGCUACAGCACUUGGUAACUGCAAAUUGCUUACUAAUCUUGACUUUUCAAUUUAAGGUAAUAAAAUCGGUGAGAAAGCAGUAUAAAAUAUUGGAUUAGAUUUGAGUAACUACACUUAACUUACAAAUUUAGUGUUUAAUUCAGAUAAUAAUGAGAAGUUUCUAAAUUCCAAAGAAAUUAUCAACUGUAAAAAUAUAAAGUUAUUGAAUCUAUCUAUAUAGGAAUUGCCUUAAAAAAGAAAAACAGAAAUCAAAAGAUUAGCUUAAAAAAUAAAAAGAUUAGUGAAAUUAAAUAUAGAUUGA